GCGCUGGUAACGUGCUGCGGAUCCUAGCCCGUCACUUCUAAAACGGAAGCGCAACGGCCAAAUGCGCCAUGGUGGCAUGCUGCGCAGUUGCCUCAAUGUUGUAGUUCGAGAAGACGCCUGUGAUCAGAGCCUCUAAAAGGGUUCCUUCCCAAUCUUUCCAGGGGGAAGGAGGGGCGUUCGCAUUUGACCUGAAGACUUCGGACAAAGCAGGAGCGCCAAAGGCGUCCGUAGCGCUUUGUUGCCCGGCAAGCGCGACACGCACAUUCAAGCAGGAUGGCGCGGCGCAAGUCCGAAGGCCUGCGCGCACGUACGCGAAGCCACCCCAAAUGGGCCGCUAAGUGCCUGUCUCGCAUAAGGUUCUCGGGCUUGCAACACCCCUGCCGCCCGGCAGGCAGAACUUCCUGAGUUGGCGCAUGUGGUCCUCUUUCUUGGCUUUUGUGUGAAGUGCCGUGGCUCUCUUGCCUCAGCCGUGCAAAUGCCAAUGGCGCAGAGGCCAAAGGCCUCAGACCGAUGUCGCCGAGCUUCGACUCUGCCGCGUGGGCCUGGCCCUUGAGUAUCGAACCAGAGCAGAAUGUCUAUGGCCUGUUCCCACUCCUCAUGUGCCGAGAGGUCAUCCGCGAGGAGUUGACACUGCCACCGCCGGACGACCGCCUCAAGGCCGUAGACUCGAAGCACUGCGAGACGCAGCUCUUCAAGCCCCCGCGCUGGGAAGGCAAUGUGGACGAGGAGGAUGACGACGACGCUUGCAGCUACAUCUCGGAGGGUGAGCCUGUCGAGCGCAAUGAGCCCGUGGCGUGGGGCAAGAGCUACCGAGGUGGUUGGUGGCGCGUCCGCAGCAACUUGCGAGAGGAGCUGAUUGUGCGCAGUGGCAUCAGCCUCUGCAGCGUGGAGAUUGCCCGGUCGGUGGCUGGGGACUACUUCCAGCAAAAGGGCAAGCCGCGAGUGCUCACCAUGGGCAAGGGCCAGGGGUGCAUUCGCAUGCCCAUCCAGCCCAGUGGCUGGGUGACAGCCGAUGCUUCCAGGGCUGGAGGGCCACAGUACUUGAUCCGCACGCACGCGCCGCAAUGGAGGGCAAUCUAUGAUGGUGGGAAGGACAUCCUGGUUCGCUCGGCGAUAGAGUUGGACAGCGAAGUUGUCGCAAGCCUGUCGUGCGGAGACGUUGUGGAGCAGGAUGGGCCUAUUCUCACCACUGACGGCAUCUGCAGGAUGCCUGUCAUGAUCAAGUCCGGGCACUACAACGGCGACAGCCGCAAGAUCACCGGGUGGGUCACCACGGACGCCACGGAUGCUGGUGGCCCCACCUUUUUCAAGCUCGUGCCGGAGGCCGAGCCGAACCACCCGAAGAGAGGUCGCAGAGACAAGGACAGCUUCAGGCAAAACGUGUGACCUGAGUCGCGGAGUCAAAACCGCCCAGCCGCAAGCGCGGCAAGUACACUGCGAAGUGGCUUCCGCGGCAAUUGUUUUCGCGCGAAGCUGAGAGGGG